CAAUCUAAAGCUCGCGUUCCCUGUAAUAAAAUACCUCUGCCGCCUCUCUUAAUCCCCCAAAACCCUAAAUAAACCCACCCUCGCCUCCACAGCCGCCAUGUCUUUGCAAGGAUCCCAGAUCCCCUCGUCUUCUCCACCAACCACCGAGAAGAAGAGGAAGACUAAAAAGAGCUCGGACAACGCCACGCCCUCUGCCAACGACGGCCAUCUCUAUCUCGCCCCUUCCGCCGUCGUCUCCAGCGAAGGCGACCAAGUCAAGGACUUCUUCAUCAAGCCUCAGUCCUUCACUCCCUCCGUCGACACCUCGGCCUGGCCGAUCCUCCUCAAGAACUACGAUCGCCUCAACGUUCGCACCGGCCACUACACGCCACUCCCCGCCGGCCACUCCCCCCUCAAACGGCCCCUCGCAGAGUAUCUCCGCUAUGGCAUCCUCAACCUAGACAAGCCCUCUAACCCGUCCUCCCACGAGGUUGUCGCGUGGAUAAAGCGCCUAGUUCGCGCCGAGAAGACCGGCCACAGCGGUACCCUCGACCCCAAGGUCACCGGCAACCUCAUUGUAUGUAUAGAUCGCGCCACUCGUCUCGUCAAAUCCCAGCAAGGUGCUGGAAAGGAGUACGUCUGCGUGGCCCGACUCCACUCUGCCGUCCCUGAUGUUGCCAAGGUCGCUCGUGCCCUUGAGACCCUCACUGGCGCCGUCUUUCAGCGUCCUCCUCUUAUUUCGGCCGUCAAGCGUGAGCUUCGCAUCAGAACCAUAUACGAGAGCAAGCUGCUUGAGUAUGACCCUGACCGGCACUUGGUCGUCUUCUGGAUCUCAUGCCAGGCUGGAACGUAUGUCCGUACUCUCUGCGUCCAUCUUGGGCUGAUCCUUGGUGUUGGAGGGCACAUGCAGGAGUUGCGGCGCGUCCGCUCUGGCAUCCUCGGUGAGAAGGAUAACAUGGUGACCAUGCACGAUGUGUUGGACGCGCAGUGGAUGUAUGACAACUUCAAGGAUGAGAGCUACUUGAGGCGGGUUGUGAUGCCACUGGAGGUUCUGCUUACUAGCUACAAGAGGGUGGUUGUCAAGGAUUCUGCUGUAAAUGCGAUUUGCUAUGGUGCCAAACUGAUGAUUCCUGGUCUUCUUAGAUUCGAGAACGAUAUUGAGGUUGGAGAGGAAGUGGUACUGAUGACCACUAAAGGUGAAGCGGUUGCUCUUGGAGUUGCUGAGAUGACAACUUCUGUUAUGGCAACAUGUGACCAUGGAUCAGUGGCCAAAAUAAAACGAGUGGUAAUGGACCGGGAUACUUACCCCCGCAAAUGGGGGUUGGGCCCAAGAGCUCUGAUGAAGAAGAAAAUGGUUGCUGAGGGGCUGUUGGAUAAGCACGGAAAGCCGAAUGAGAAGACACCAGCUGAGUGGCUAAGAAAUGUGGUGCUGCCAACUGGUGGAGAUUCAAUGGUCGCUGGCCUCGCUGCUGCACCUGAGCCUAUGGUGAAGAUGGAAAUGGUGAUUGAAGAAGUUACAGAGGAGAAGAAAAAGAAAAGGAAACACAAGGAUAAGGAUGAUGAUAUCACUGAUGGAUGGAAGGACAAGGUGGAGGAUGCUGGAGAACCACCAGCUUCUAAGAAGGUGAAGGUCGAAGAAGUCGCUGAGGAUGCUGUUUUGGAUUCUGAAGCAAAGACGAUGAAGAAAAAUGUUGAGGAAGCAUCGAAGCAGAAGAGUGAAAAUAAGAAAAAGAAGUCCGAAAAAGAGAUGGGAGAAGUAGAAUUAGCUGAUGCUGAGAAGAGUUCCAAGAAGAAAGAAAAGAAGGAAAAGAGAAAUAAAAGUAAAAGUGAAGCUGGUUAUUCUGAUGAAGAGAAAUUGACUGAGAAGAAAAAGAAGAAUAAAGAGGACAUGGGUGGUGAAGAAGCUGCAUUGGCAGGCAACAUAGAGAAAAGUGAGGAGAAGAAGAAGAAGAAAAAGAAGCACGAUUCAUGAGUAAAAAAAGAGUUCACAUAUGCUGGUGUCAACUCACUUGCAUAUGGUCAUUCCAUUGUGCUAGUUUCUUCCAAAUCUUAUUUUCAUUUCUGCAAAAUGAGUAUGGAGCGAGGUAUAUGGCAAUGCCAUAUAUGCUUUUGCUUAUGCUUGUGACUUGUUACCCUUGUUGGAUUUUCAAAAUCCUGUUUCUGUUAAAUGAGUAUGGAGCGAGGUAUAUGGCAAUGCCAUGUAUGCUUUUGCUUAUGCUUGUGACUUGUUACCCUUGUUGGAUUUUCAACAUACUGUUACUGUUAAAUGCGAUUUUGAUUA